AUGUCCUAUGUUUGUAUCUUGGACGACUGGGAAAUCAAAAAGAAUGAUCUGACGAUUCUAAAUAAGAAGUUAGGUGGAGGAUGUUUUGGUGUUGUAAAGAAAGGACUGUUCAAAAAGAAAAAGAAUGAUGAAGAAUUUGUGGCUGUUAAAAUGCUAAAAGACGAACCAUCGGCGGCAGACCGCUCGAAUCUCUUAAUGGAGCUAUUUAUUUUGAAAGAAGUCAACAGAAGUCCACAUCCAAAUGUCAUAAGACUUAUUGGAGCACACACCAUCGCAGAACCUAUCCUGGUACUAACCGAGUUUUGCUCACGUGGAAAUCUGCAGUUUCUACUAAAAAAUAGUCGAAUGUCAGUGACUGAUGACAAUAACAAAGACAUAUCACAAUACAGAAAUGUUUUUUCAAUAUUGAGCGACAGAAUACUACUUCAGAUCGCUGUUGAUAUAGCAUGUGGAAUGAAACAUUUGGCUGCAAAUCAGUUUGUUCAUAGGGAUCUCGCAGCAAGGAACAUUCUCAUUUCAGCCAACUAUGAGGCGAAAGUGUCAGAUUUCGGUUUGGCCAGGCCGAUCACAGGCGUCGAAAAAAUGUAUGUCAAGUCAAACAGAAAUUUAUUACCUGUGAAAUGGAUGGCAGUGGAAUCACUUACACAAGGAAUAUUUCGAACUUCAAGUGAUGUGUGGGCAUAUGGUAUUGUACUCUGGGAAAUCACAACAUUAGGGAAGGAGCCGUACCCUGAUAUCUCCCCAUUCGAUACAUUCACCUUUGUCACAUCAGGAAAUCGUAUGGAGCGUCCUCCUCAUUGCUCAGAAGAACUGUAUGGCAUAAUGAGAAAAUGUUGGGAACACGAUCAAAAAGACAGGCCAUCCUUUGAAAAAGUCCAUGAAGAAGUAAAGGAAGUGUUGCAUGAGACCAAUGACCGAAUGUAGCUAUAUAAAUGUGGUUGAGAUGGACGAGGAAAGUCGCAAAUAAUUGACUGUUCUAGAAGAUCGCAGGAUCAGUGUUGAAAGUAUGAAAGACUUACGUUAUACCGAACGAUAGAAGAAAUUACAAGAUAUUGUAGUGUAAUCGUACUUGUUAGAAUGAUGGAUCGACUCAUAUAAUUGGUUUUCAGAUCAGUAAUUCUAUAAUACUGAACCAACGGACUUAUAUUCGCAAAAGUGUAUAAAAUAUAUGUUUCCUUAUCUAUAUAUAGUGCAAUUUUAUUUUGUGAAAGCAUGCAGUGAGGAAAUCUGGGUGUCGAAAACUGGAAUAUAGAUUAUCCUCAGUGUACAAUAAUGAAUGCAAUUUUUAAGAUUAACGUCAAACUGUAGCUACUGUGUAACUUGUAUCAUGUUAUUU